AUGUCGUUUCAACAAAUUCCAGUUAUUGAUUUAGAAUUGGCAUUCGACCCUAAAACCAAGCCAGAAUUCUUGGAAAAUUUAAGACAUGCAUUGAUUGAGGUGGGAUUUCUCCACCUUAUUAACUACGAAACGGUAGGGCCAACGAGAAAAGACCUUGAGCAAAUAAAGGAGCAAGCAGAAAGAUUCUUCGAACUUCCAGAAGAAGUGAAAUUGGGAUGUGAAAUGAUUCACUCGCCUCAUUUCUUGGGGUAUACAAGAUUGGCCAACGAGGUUACAGCAUCACAUACAGAUUGGAGGGAACAAAUUGAUUUAGGUACUGAGCUUCCUGCUCCUGGUCCAGACGAACCUAUAUACCGAAAUAUCGAGGGUCCUAAUUUGUGGCCGGAUGCAAAAUAUGCCCCAGAUUUUAAGCCAGUUGUGCUCAUUCAUAUAGAAAAGAUGACGAGGUUGGGAACCAUAUUUAGAAAAUUGGUCUGUGAGGCUAUAGGAUUGGAUUCAACAAGUCUAGAUGGCUAUUUCAAGCCAAAUCAGCAAUGCAAAAUGAAGAUCAUUGCAUAUCCUGAUAGCGGUCAAUUAUCAAACGAAUCAUCGAAAGCACUCGACGACAAACCUUCUACAGGACAGGGAUGUGGUCCACACAGAGACUCGGACCUUUUGACAUAUAUUUAUCAGCCUACCACCCAUUCUGAAUCGUUACAGGUGCAAAAUUUUCAGGGAAAAUGGGUCACCGUUGAUAAUAUACCAAAUGCUUUGGUCGUUAAUGCUGGUCAGACUUUGGAAGCUAUCACACAAGGAGUCUGCAAGGCUACUAUUCAUAGAGUAUUGAUUCCUAAGGCUGGAUCUGGGACAAGAAUUUCAAUCCCAUUUUUCCAAACAAUUGACCUCGACUCCCAUAAAUCAGUGGCCAAAGGAAUUUCUAAAGAAGUGCUACACAUGAAGGACGAAAGAGACGAGAAAAUACUGAACUGGGCCGUUGACGUUGGAUUUCAAUUUAGUCCUGAGGUAGGAAAAUUCCCAGUGGGUCAUGCAGUUUUUAAAAAUAGAAUAAAAUCCCAUCAGGAUGUCUCUGCAAAGUGGUAUCCUAGCAUCUUGAAAGAGGUCCUUGCUGAGUACAAGACUUAG